AACUAACAGUAAUAUUAAGUACAAGGUACUUAUCCAUUCAAAGGCUCUUAUCUGUGUCUCGCGGCUGCAUGGGAUAUCUCUAUUUUGUCAUUGAUUUCGACUCAAGCUAUCUCGAUUUCCUGUAUUCGCACAUAGCUUGCCGGUGACGUGUGUAGUGGCUGAUAGUGCCGGACUGCAGUUGAUCUCAAUCUGGGCAGCCAAAGACAGAACGGAGCAGAACGGAGCACUUCUACUGUGUGUGUCUAUGCGUGUGGACUAUACACGUGCAUAGCGUGGCCAGUGCUGCCAACUCGGUACAUGAGGUAUUCCUGGUACUGCUCUAUUGGAUGUGAGUGCAACAGUGGAUAUAUUCAUCCGAAACCUCUAAUAUGCGCAAGAGUCUGAACUACCUCUGGAGUGCCAGUCUCCUUUACCACCAGACUAGCCCGACGCUGUCCACGAUUCUCCAGCAGCAGCUGCAGAGCCUGACCGACAUCGACGGAGGCAUAGCCACCAUCUUGCCAAACAAGAUCAAGCGCCACCUGUGCGCCCACUGCUCGUCCCUGCUGGUUGGUGACACAACACGCACGCGGCUGGUCGGCUGCAGGCGCCAGCGAAAGCUGCAGCAUAAGCUCAGAAAGCGGCGAAGAGACCUCAGCAGCAGCACUAGCAAUAGCACUAGUAGCAGUACUAGCAGCAGCCCUGGUGGCGGGUCAUCUACAGUUCCGGACAACACGGCAGCGAGCAGUAGUUUACCCUCACGUCCUGCACUUGUAUCGCGACGACAGGUAUCUAACCACCGCUCUGCCACGUACACUACCACUCGCUGCAGUACGUGUCACCACAGAACACAGCAUGUCUCCGUUCCCCAGCGCACCAGGCGGAAACCUGGCGAACAGCACGCGGCCGCAUCGCAAUCAGCAAGCCAGUCAGUGACUCCAAGCAGCACAGCAACAACCAGUGCCACACACCCCAAUCCUGGACUUGCUCAAGCAACGCCUACUCAAGCCAGCCAUCAAAAAGCACCCGUCCUCACAACACACAGCCAUGCCACUCACAAGCACACGCCUACCGUUACAGCGCAAUCUACUCCCGGUUCGCAGCAAGAGGACGAGGCGAGCAAGAGCAAGAAAGCGCAGAAGAGAGCACGCCAGAAUGCACGCAAAGCUGGUCUUAGGGGUCAACUAGCAAUGCUGGAAGCAGCUGCAAAGCAAAGUGGGAAGCCUGAUACACCCAGUGGCGGCUCUCUUCAAGACUUUCUCACGUCGCUUUAGGCAAAUGCUCCAUCUAGGGACUUGGGUAUUAUAGGAAACUGAAGCACCUCAAAGCCGAACUUAGUACAGAUAUUCAAUGUGGUAAUGGGUUUAGAAGUACAUACCGGUAUAGAUACUUCACAUCAUACUCCAGGCAAAACAAUUGCUACUAGAAAUGAAACAUCUUUUUCUGUGGUUUAAAUUCAUGAUCUCCAUCAACCACCCACAUAUUUCCUCACGCUGCAUGUAUUCUCCACUAACAGCCUGUUUUAAUAGUUACCUUCGCUAUACAUAUACUCCUUUCGACCACCAUGGAAACUCAUGAAAUUCACGUGAUGUACUUCUCAGAGCUCGCUUUGUCACCCUACGUGCUGUACCCGGUUUUUUAUUCUGCUUGAGGCAGCUUUAUUAUGAUCUUGCAUGCUGCGUUGCUGGCAACGUCUAGUCACUCUAG